AUGGCCUUUGACAGGAUCGCGGGCAAGGAGGAUCUCUACGUUGGAGGGAUCUUCGCUCUUCGGAAGCCGGAGCUUCUGGAAGAGAGAAACAUCACUUCAGUGCUGUCUGUGAUAAAAUACUCGUUUGACGGAUGGGGUGAGAGGGCCAAUCGCUUCAACCAUCUGAGCAUCGAUGUCGACGAUGUAGACGACCAAGACUUGCUUGUGUACCUGUCGUCUGCCGUCAGGUUUAUCGAUCAAGGCUUAUACCCGCCUCGAGAUGGUCCAAACGAGACGGCGGAACCGAAGUCAUCGGAUCCAACAGGAGCGGUAUACGUACACUGCGCAAUGGGCAAAUCCCGUUCCGUGACGUGCGUAGUCGCUUACUUGCUUUACAAGUACCCUCAUCGUUUUGGGGGGAAGCAAUUCAGUCACUCAGCAACAUCCCCGACGCAGCGGCGCGAGACGGCAAAUGCAGCUGUCAUCCAGGCUCUGACGCUGGUGCGAGAGGCGCGUUCAAUCGCAGAGCCGAACCCCGGCUUCAUGCGCCAACUCGAACUGUGGUGGGAGAUGGGCUGCCCGGCAGAUGACGACAGGGAUGUUGAGAAUCAUCCCAUCUACCAGAAAUGGCUCUAUGAGAGCAAGCUGAAAGAAGCUCGCGACCUUGGUAUGGCGCCGGAUGCCGACUGGAUACGUUUCGAGGACGAGGCUGAAUCGUCGGAGGACCAACCGAAGCACGAGGCCAGUGCCGAAAAGCAACUGAGAUGCAAGAAGUGCCGCCGCACUCUUGCAAAUUCCCAAUUCGUUGUAGGUCAUCAAGGCACCGGGAAGACGGAAAACCCAGCCUCCCCUUGCCCUCACAUCUUUGUCGAUACAUUGUCCUGGAUGCGGCCGGCUCUUGAGGAUGGGGCACUCGAUGGCCGCUUGAUCUGUCCCAAUGCCAAAUGUAACGCCAUCGUCGGUCGUUUUGCUUGGCAGGGGUUCAAAUGUAGCUGCGGCGAAUGGGUGUGUCCUGCGUUUUCACUCAAUCGGAGCCGGGUCGACGAAGCGGAUGUCCGGCCUGGUGGGAUGGGAAUCCGCAUGCCACCGGGCCGCAGCGGCAGCUUAUAA